GCCACCCGCGAAUAUCUCCCCCCGCCAAUGGCCUCCCGCCCUCACUCACCCUAUCCUCUCCUCCCCCUCCGGCCCGGCUUCUCCACUGCAGUAACGAAGUAAAACCAGCGCGCGCAGCAGUGGCGCCGGCUGCCGCUGCCACCGCACGCACGAGCGCACUGUUAAUAGCCUCUCCGUCUCUCCGUCUCUCCUCUCUCUCGGCGUGUGGUGUCCAUUGAGCUUCUAGUUACUUCGUACUACUAGCUAGUACUCCGUACUUGGUUAUUGUCUCCGACGCCCGCGCCGUCGUCUUCCUCUUCCUCCCCUUCCCCUUCCCUUGAUUCUUCGUCGCUUCCCCCGCGCCGCAGCACAGAUAACUAAACGGGCGGCGAGACAUGACGGCGACGCCUGCCUUGAUCGGGCUGAGCGCAGGCAACCGCCUUCUCAGCACGUCCUUCGGGCCGCCCAACGACCUGCUCUCCGACAAGGUCAACAGCCACAUGAGCAGCGCGGCGGGAGACGCCCACGGCUCCUCCUCGCUGCAGUUCGCGCCACCGGCCGCGUCCAAGCUCACCGUCGCCGCGCACAGGCUCAAGCUCUCCCCACAUGGCCGCGCGCAGGUCAUGCGGGCCCUCAGGCAGAGCGCGCCUGCGCUCGCGCCGCAGCCUCCUCCGUUGUUGCCCGCCGACGAGUUCUCCCUCGAUGCCAUUAUCCUGCUGCAGAGGUCCAUGCUCGAGAAGCAGUGGCAGCUCCCCUUCGAGGAGGAGGACGACGACGACGGCGGCGGCGAUGGCCACCAUGUGGAGGCCAUUGGUUCGGCCGAGGACGAUGACGGCAAGGGCAGGAGCAGCUCCGUCGUCGUGGCGCGCUCCGGCGUCUCGGCGAGGCAGCGGCGGAUGAGCGGCCGGAGGCGUGGGAGGUCCAAGAAAGGCAGCGGCGCCGUGCACCUGAGCAUCAGCCCCGAGCUGCUGCAGAGCAGAAACCGCAUCUACCUUCGCGGUACCGUCAGCAAGGAGCUCCUCACGCACAAGCAGGUUGUCCACCUCUCCAAGAAGAUCAAGGACGGGAUAUGGCUGCAGCAGCAAAGAUCAAAGCUGAAAGAAAAACUGGGGAAUGAGCCGUCGUACAAGCAGAUGGCGCAAUCACUUCGGAUAUCGACGCCGGAGCUACGGUCAAGAAUGCGCGAGUCGUUCCUCGCGAGGGAGGUGCUAACGAUGAGCAACAUCCGUUUGGUCAUAUCCAUCGCCCAGAAGUAUGACAAGCUGGGGGUUGAGCUGUCCGACCUGAUUCAGGGUGGUCUCAUAGGGCUACUCCGCGGGAUCGAAAAGUUUGAUGCAUCUAGGGGCUUCAGAAUUUCCACUUACGUAUACUGGUGGAUUCGUCAGGGUGUUUCAAGAGCACUGGCCGACAACUCGAAAACAUUCAGGCUCCCUACUUACCUGCAUGAGAGGCUGAUUGCGAUUCGUGGCGCAAAGUACGCAUUGGAGGACCAAGGGGUUUCUCCGACAACGCAAAACAUCGCAAAGUUGCUCAAUAUAUCGGAGAAGAAAGUGCACAAUGCUACAGAGGCUGUCAAUAAGGCUCUUUCGUUGGAUCAACAGGCAUUCCCCUCCUUAAAUGGCCUACCCGGAGAUACACUCCACAGCUAUAUAGAGGAUCAAAAUGUUGCGAAUGACCCAUGGCAUGGAUUUGAGGAGUGGUAUCUAAAGGAGGAAGUCAACAAACUUCUAAACUCAAAUCUCACUGAACGUGAGAGAGACAUUAUUCAGUUAUACCAUGGUAUAGGGAAACAAUGCCAUACAUGGGAGGAUAUUAGCAGACAGUUCGGGUUAUCCAGGGAGAGGGUGAGGCAAGUAGGGCUUAUCGCAAUGGAGAAGCUGAAGCACGCCGCGAGGCGGAAAAAGCUGGAUGCGUUGCUCCAGGAUUACUGAGCUGAGGUGUUUUUCAUGUUGUGCUGGACCGGAUCCAUACACACAGUGGUUGUAUAUACUCGAAAAGAGAGAGCGACAACAUAGGUUACAACAUUGAAAGGCUUGUACUGCCACUCACCUGCAAAUAAUCAUACCUGUACAUUUUGUGACAAUAGGCAUGCAAUGAUCAAAGUCUCAAUGCCACAUUUUCCUUGGAA